AUGGAGCGGCCGUGGAGGAAGCCUCCUCCUCCUCGUCCCUCAGCGCGACCUUUCUCCCCCUGUGUACUCACCGUCGUCCUCCUCCCUCUGGUUUUCCUCGGCAUGGUCUUCCUCGCGCAUCUCCAGCUCUACGGUCGAUAUCCUCUCCUCAAUUUCUUCCCCCCGGCCAUGCAGCAGCGCCAUGGCAAAUCCUCGACGGUUCCUCAUCUCCGUCGUGACUGCGAGCCCUCGCGAGGGCAGUGGGCGAGGGGCCGCAGGCCGCUCCGGUACAACGGGAGCUGCCCCUUCCACCGCAAUGCCUGGAACUGCCUAAGGAACGGAAGGGAGGGGAUGGAGGGGAUCAAUUCUUGGGUCUGGAUCCCGGAGACCUGCGUCUCUGAAGCUGCAUCUCCUCCGAAGGUCGGAUUCGAUCCGGCGGCCUUCUUGUCUGCCAUGAGAGGCCGCCGGAUAGGGUUCGUCGGCGAUUCCCUCAACGAGAAUUUCGUGGUCUCCUUCCUCUGCACCCUCUGGUCCGCGGACGGAGAUGCGAGGAAAUGGAAGAAGAAGGGGGCAUGGAAAGGCGGCUACUUCCCCCAUUUCGAUGUCACUGUCGCUUACCACCGCGCUGUGUUGCUCUCUAGAUAUCGGUAAGUCCUUGGGUUCGUCACAAUCCCUCAAUCACAGAGGCAAAACCACCCCAUGAAUCCAAAAAUUCACGAAUAAACUGCAGAAAUUUCGCCAUGAUCUUGUCCUCUGCAUAGCAUUUUUCAAUCCAGAUCUUUUUUUCUUGAAAAUUCGCAAGAAUCAUGUGUGUUAAAAGUAAAUAUGGAACCUUGUUCAUCUAUGGGGAAAUCUUUAGACUGAUUAUUUAUCACAUAAAGGUGGCAGCCUGCUGAAGGCUUAACCUCUGGAAGCAAGAGUGAAGUGAAGGGGUUCUAUAGGGUCGAUGUAGAUGUUCCUGCUGGUGACUGGGCCAACGUUACCAGCUUCUAUGAUGUUCUGGUGUUUAACACCGGGCACUGGUAAGACCCUCUUCGCCUUUUCUUGUCAGAAUGGAUUCCAUCAAUUUCUUUCUAUAACUUGAUCCAUGAUGUAUGGACCAUCACUGGGGCGGUUUCUACUGGGCUUCUAACUUUGCAGCAUCCCUUUUUUUUGUUUUUUUUUUCAUGGAACAUAGCUUCUCCGUUGAACACUUAAUUUCCUAUGUGGUUGUCUUAAUAAGCCAAGAUAUCAAGGCAUAGGCUUCCCAUCAUUCGUGGUUAACUUUGGAAAUCAUUAUUGCAUCAUACAUUGCGUGAUAUCACAGCAAAUUAUCCUAUUAGGCUCAUAGAUUAUGGCUCAACCAUGUAACCGCUGAAAUAAUUCGAAAUAGCUAUGCCAAGAUGAGAGCGGCCUUUUCUGACCAUUGAAAUAGCCGGCCGUCAAGGUUUGUAUGAGAGAUGAGCAUCUUUUUGGCUUUGACAGAGAGCUAAUUCGGAGCCACCUUACAUAGCUUUUCUUGGGUAUAUUAUGCCCAGAAUCAAGAGGGGGAAGAAUGGUUAUUCAGCUGAUAUCUAGGCAAAUCUAUCCAUUCUGAGUAAAAUUAUAACCUUUUGGUGCAUUUUGGGUUAUGGGGUAUCCUAAUAGAUCAGUGGUUCUCAUCAGCCUAUGACUGGGAGGCUUGUUGACCAUUUCGGUCAAUAGGCAUGACGCCAACUAUAAACCUUAUUCGUAUUUUUCCUAUUCAUCAUAUGUCUGUGCUUCAUAUUAAUGUACAGCUGCGGUACCCUUUUUUUUCCAUGACUGAAUAUUGAAUUCUUUUCUAUUCAAGGAAGCUGUUCCAGCUCAAUUUCUUCUCUCAAUCUCACAAGAAAUGAAUAUGAUUUUUAUCAUGUACCCAGAAAAUCUUCAGAAAUGCUUAAAAAGCUUCUUCUUUUUUUUGCUGGUUUUUCCCUGGGAUUAAUAAAAAUAAGGGCUUUCCCUCCCCUCCUGCACCAGGUGGGGCCCUGAUAAAUUCCCAAAAGAGACGCCACUCGUGUUCUACAAAGAUGGAGAGCCCAUGGUUCCUCCACUCAGCAUAUUGGAAGGCCUCGAGGUGGUCCUCAACCAUACGGUUGGCUACAUAGGGAGGGAGGUUCCUCGGAGAACUCUCAAGUUCUGGCGGUCACAGUCUCCCCGCCAUUUUUAUGGUGGUGAAUGGAAUCAGAACGGCAGCUGCUUGUUCAAGAAACCCAUCAAAGAAGACCAGGUAUAACACAACAGCAUGGAAUUCAUUGCUCAUUAUUUUUCUCGUUUGGGGAGUGAAAGCUGACCCAUCUAGACAGCUCGAUGCCUGGUUUGAUCCGAGGAACAGAGGAGUGAACAAGGAAGCGAGAGAGGUGAACCAUUUGAUCCAGCAAGCUCUACAAGGCACAGACAUUCAUCUCCUGAACAUCACUUAUCUGAGCGAGUUCAGGGCCGACGCCCACCCGGCCAUCUGGCUGGGGAAGAGGGACGCAGUCAAGAUUUGGGGCCAGGACUGCCUCCACUGGUGCCUCCCUGGAGUGCCCGACACCUGGGUGGACAUCCUGGUGGCACAGAUUCUGCAUGAUCUGGGAGAAGGAUGA